AUGCGGUGGGGGCUGAGCAGCCCUGGUGAUGGCAGAGAUCCAGGAGGAGUCACGUCCUACCGGAUCGGGGCAACCGAGGACUUUGUGACUGGAGACACGGCAGUAUACAAAGACGGCGUUUACUGGAUCAAGGGCCGCACCUCGGUAGACAUCAUUAAAAACGGGGGGUUCAAAAUCAGCGCUCUGGAGGUGGAGCGUCAUCUGCUCGCGCACCCGCACAUCACAGACGUGGCCGUGAUCGGGCCUCCAGACAUGGUCUGGGGCCAGCGGGUCAGUGCUGUCGUGCAGCUGCGCAAGGGCGAGAUGCUCUCCGUGAAGGACCUGAAGGACUGGGCCAGGGGGACCAUGGCACCGUACACCAUCCCAACCGAGCUGAUCGUGGUGGAGGAGAUCCCGCGCAAUCAGAUGGGAAAAGUCAACAAGAAGGAGCUUCUGCAGCGCUUUUACCCAGCCUAG